UGCUGCAAAAGUGAAGCUCAAGGUCUUCUUGCGAGAGAACUGCGAAGCUGCUGCUCGCCAAGUGGCCGUCGCGAGACUGACGAGACCCGCCGAGCGUAGUAGCUUCAGGAACCAGCGGGAAUCACUUCACGCAACGAGAGGUGAGAGCGCCGCUCCCGCGCCCUUGAGCCGACGCCUGGAGCGAGACCUGCUCAGCCUGGUGUGCGAGAAACGCGACGCCCAACGCGCCGGCGCCACGCAGCGCUUGUCGUCGACGCCGUCGCCGCAGCGCCCGCGGAAAAAAGGCAGCAGCCGGGAGCGCCGCCGCGGCAGCAGGGUCGAGCGGCGGAGGAAGGUCAGCGAGCUCAGGAGAGGUCGUUCGCCGUCCUCUUCGCCUUCAUUGUCUUCCUCCGAUCGGAGCCGCGAGGGACGCCUCCCAAGACCUCGCCGGAGGUCCCGCCGGAGUGGUUCGUCGGACGUGCACAGCCCCGAGGUUCGGGCCCCGCCGGCGGCUCCCAUGGUUCGGGCUUCCUUUCGUCACAGCGCCCGCCAGUUCACUCCGCCCGCCGUUCGGACCGGCGAAGUCAUCGGGAGCGGCGGUAGCUUGCCCGGAUGCCGGCAGUCGAAGGUGGCGAACGAGAAGCGAGAGCAGCAUAUCCUGACGCAGAGUCUGCUGCAGCUGCACAAUUCCUUGGACGCCAAGCGCCGUAAAGUGCCUUGGGGCAAGAGCAUGCUGGUUGAUGUGCGAAGUUACUGCCAGAAGAUUGCUCGCCAGGCUCAAAGCGAGCAGCCACCGUUGGAAGAGAGGCAGUCGCCGUCGCCUCAGCAAGAGGCCAUGGUGGAGGAAGAAGAGGCCGUGCCUGACCCUAAUUUUGUCGUCGACGAGGAGCCGAUGGAGGAAGAGGAGCUCGUCGUGGUAUUGUCGUCGGAAUCGCAAACGGCGAGCCCGGCGUCUAGCCUGCUGCCUGACUCCCCCAGGAAGCAGCAGCUGCCGCCGCCGUGGUGCGAGGGAGAGGAAGGCGAGCGUCGUCUCGGACGAGGACCGGAAGAAGGGGAAGAAGUCGAAGAAGCCGCCGCCGACGUCGUCAGCGUCGAGCCCUGGCGACCGGGCGACCGACACGUCGCCCUUCCGGGCACCUCAGCCUCGUCGUUCCUGGUGCCGUGGAACCGGCUCGCAGCCCCGCAGGCUGGUCCGCGUGUAGCGGCGGUGCCGGCGCCCUGCGUCUCCUCCUCCUCCUCCUCCUGUUCCUCCCGCCGGCGGGAAGCUGUCGCAGUCCCGGAGCCCUGUGCCGGAGGUGGGCCUGCCACCGCGUGGGGAAGAGGAGCCGCCGCGAUGCUGCCGACGUCUGCAUCGACUGUGGCAGCGCGGCCAGUGCACCGUGCCUGCAGUUGGCGCGAGGAGACGUACCCGCCGAUGACUCCAGUGCGCGCCCGACCGUCCAUGUCGUCCUUGUCCGGCCCGUCGCCGUGGCAGGCUUUUGUGCCAAUGCCCACGACGCCGAUGUUUCCUGGAACACUGCAAGCGCCACCUCCACCGCGGCCGUCGCCUGCGACUUGGCAGCGCCCAGCGGAGGAGUUCAUCACUGAGAUGACGCCGGCGGAAUGGCGGCCGGCGCGGCGGUGCUUCAGCCCCAGCGCUGACCACGUCGAGCGUGUACCCCACCUGUACCAGCAGCGCCUCUACGCUCCGACGCCGCGACCGAUGAAUGCGAACCGCGGGGACCAGUAUGUCGGACGUCACAGAAUGGAGGGAGCGUGGCGGUUCUCGGGAUGGAGGAUGUUUUAAAAUUUGGAACGAGGAGGGGACGGGCAGCAAGCAUGCAGCGGCAGAAGCACGGUCUGGUUAAUAAAGAAACGGCCUUGUGCUUCUAUGUUCAUAA